AUGGCUAGCUCUAAGCAAGGCAACAAUCUUAACUCACACGGGCGUUCGACAGACAGGGCACCACCGCUUCUCCGCAAGCCACCGCUCGAGGCACGCGCGGUGGAAGACGUGCGCGCAGGGCAGCCGCUCGCCGGCGCUCCCGAUCGUCUCCUGGCAGAUGACGCACUGCUCCUGCCGGGAAGGUUUCUGUGGCGGAGGCUUCGGCGGCGCGCGCGCGAAGACGCCGGGGUCGCGGCGCCGCUCGGCGACGGGGCGAACGCGGCUCGUCUCGAAGCCCGUCACUUCGUCGAAGGCGUCGCCGCGUUGGCGAAACUGGUCUCCCACGAUUUUUCGGACCACAUCCGCGGCCGCGGCGCGAACGGCGGCGAGGGACAUCUCCGUCAGGAGCGUCACGACGAGGACCGUCCGCGUCCGUCUCCGGUCGUCGCCCGACGUGUGCUCGUGGCCCCGUUUAUUCUGCAGCGCCGCGACGACGAUGGCGAUGGUUGUGAGGGCCAUGAUAGUUCCGAGCGCCGCGACAACGAAGCGUGGGAACGCUCGGCCGUGGCGCAGCCCGCGCAGCGACGCCACGCACGCGCCGAGCGCGAGGCCGCCCGUCGCCACGGCCAGCCACAGCGCUGUUAUUGCGAGGCCGCUCCGCUCGUCGAGGUGCGGCCUCGCUCCCGCGAGCAUCGCGCUCACGAGCCCGAGCGCGCCCAGUUCGGCGUAGAGCUGUACGGAAAGCGUGACGCGCGAGGCGGCCACGAGCGGUGAGUCGCCCGCGCGGCAGCAUAGAGCGGACAUAUGCGCUGCUGCGAUUGAUGUGCUUUGUCACGUCAAGCGCGGGUUGGUGCACGUCAAGCGCGGGCAGCCUCACAGACUCUGGUGUGAGAUUGUUGUGUCUGGAUGCGAUUGUCGCGUGCCGGGGCAGCCUCACCGAGCGGAAAGCUCACAUUUACACGAAUGCAUCAUCUGUAUCGACAGAACGGCAGCUAAUGCCGGCAGUGCGGCCGAGCAACUUUUG